CUCCCUUCCACCAUUUUGUGUGAUCGCCGGUGUGUGGCAACAAAGUACUGACAGCUGGUGAAAGCAAGUUAAACCUGUUUCCUGUAAGAUAGCUGGUAUCUAAUAUCAUUUGCUCGGAUUAGAUUAGAUUUUUUAACACAGAAGCCUAUAUCAUUGCGACUAGUCGCGAAUUGUACGCGAGGAGUUGCCUACCUACGUUAACGCUAGCGUUAUAAUUGCAAGCUCCUGUGAAGCUCGAUUGCACCACCUCAUCAGCGAGUACGACCAAAAAUGUCGGAAGAACAAUUUAUUGGGGAAGACCUGAUGAUGAAAAUGGAGGAAGACGGACAGGCAAGUGGCGAAGAGCAGAUACCAGCGGUUGGUGAUGUUGAGGGGGGAGAAACUGAAGGAUCAAAAAUUGAUGCUAGUAAAAACGAAGAAGAUGAGGGGAAAAUGUUUGUUGGAGGUUUAAGCUGGGACACAACAAAGAAGGAUUUAAAAGAUUAUUUCUCCAAGUUUGGGGAGGUUGUAGACUGCACUUUAAAACUGGAUCCUAUGACGGGACGAUCUAGAGGGUUCGGCUUUGUGCUGUUUAAAGAUGCUGAAAGUGUGGAGAAGGUCAUUUUACAAAAAGAGCACAAGCUUAACGGUAAAGUCAUUGAUCCAAAAAAAGCAAAAGCCAUGAAGUCCAAAGAGCCUGUGAAGAAGAUAUUUGUUGGUGGUCUUUCACCGGACACCCCUGAAGAGAAGAUAAGAGAAUACUUUGAUGCUUUUGGAGAGGUGGAGUCUAUUGAGUUGCCAAUGGAAAACAAGACAAAUAAAAGAAGAGGAUUCUGUUUUAUUACCUUCAAAGAGGAGGAACCAGUAAAGAAAAUAAUGGAAAAGAAGUACCAUAACAUUGGUCUAAGCAAGUGUGAAAUCAAGGUAGCAAUGUCAAAGGAGCAGUACCAGCAGCAGCAGUGGGGUGGAAGAGGAGGUUACUCAUCUAGAUGUCGGGGAAGAGGGGGACCUAAUCAGAAUUGGAACCAGGGGUAUGGAAACUAUUGGAAUCAAGGUUAUGGAAAUUAUGGAAGCUACGGCUACAACAGUCAAGGCUAUGGUGGAUACGGGGGCUUUGAUUACUCGGGUUACAACAACUACUACGGAUAUGGUGACUACAGCAACCAGCAGAGUGGUUACGGCAAAUCUUCAAGGCGAGGUGGCCACCAAAACAGUUACAAGCCAUACUAGUACUUAAACUGCAAAAUGAAAUACAGCGGGGACUUCCUUGCAGGCCAUGAGCUGACUUCCCGAUUCUCUCAGGCCCGCUCAAUGCGGACAGGGUACGAGAGACGUACGCUCUCGAAUGCGCCCAUUUGGUAUGGUCUUCCAACAUCCUGUAUAUGAAUUGUCAAAAAAACAAAAACAAAAGAAAACUGAAAGAAAAAACAUAAGGGAUACAUCAAGCUUUUAUCUUCAUCUUUUUUUCUGUUCUUUUUAAACUUUCAUGGGAUUUGUUUUAUGUAAUAAUACAGUAUAUUUCUGUAAUUUUGUAAUGCCAUUUUUUACAGGCACCUCAAGUAAUGGUUAAAUACGACAACAGUCUGAAAAAAAUAACUGUUUACUUUUCAUAGGAUACAGCUUUCUCUGGACUUUCCAGUGUUUAAUAUAUGCACUUCUAAUCUUACCUGUAAUGCUUGCCUUUCCUUAUUUAUAGCUCGUGUAUCAGUAGUAGCUGGUAGUCCAUGAGCUAAACCCUGGUUUGUACUUGGACGCCACUACGUCGGAGAAGUGCUUAAUUUUCAUAUUUGUAUUGUGUGUUGUUCUCCUGACUGCGGUGGAAAAGGUUCAAUUGUAAACUGUUAAUUUCAUCUAACAAGUCCUCUUUUUUAACGUUUUUUUAAACUUCAGAAAUGUUACAAAUUUGCAUGUAAUGUUUCUUCUAUUGUGAAUUUUAAAUAAUUGAAGGCUUCACAUUAAUAUGUGUAUGCGCUUAAUUUUAUCAUGCACAUGAUUUUUGUAGUCUGGACUUUUUACUUGAACUAUGUAAUUCCAUUCUCCAUAAUGGAAUACUUUAGAUUUGGGAAUUAUUUUACAUUUUUAAAGGACAUCUAUUACUUGUUUGUUUCUGAAGUGAAUUAAUAAUUUUAUUUUCUGUCUUUCAGGUCGAGAUGUGGUUGGAAGGUUACAUUGGAAGAGUAUCACUGAGACAAAGCAAUUGUGUAAUAUGGUGUGUUAAUGAAAGGCCAAAAAGUUGUCUGCAUUUUAACUACAACUACUGUUCAUGCACAGUAGUGUUUGUUUUUGACAGCUGUUUAAUGAAGAUGGAAUAACCUGAUCAACAUUGAACCCUAUGUAAGACACUGUGUAAUGUGCUUCACAAUAGUCAAAACUUUUACUUGUUUUGUUUUGAGCUUGUGUACCAACUUAUGUUUGAGUCUGUAAGUAUAAUUUUAGUCAGUUCCUUAUGUGCAAGUGUUGCGAUUUUGUGUAUUGAAAUAAUUUCUAAUUUUCUUUGCUAAGUAUCUAUUAGUUAAAAUUAAUAAAAAAUACAAAUGUCGGUCAUGUAACAUUUGUUUCAUAUAGGCCUGGCGAUUUCUUUUUCUACAAAAUAAUGUUAGGCAUAGUCAUACAGUGGAUGAAAUAAAAUAUUAGUUGUGAAGUCAA